AUGUCCGAAGAAACGACGCAUAUCCCGAAAGCGGUGCUCUAUAUCGCUAAGCAGCACCCAUGGUCAAUCGCCGCUCAGGUCUGCUUGAUUGAGAAGGGGUAUGGUGCCGAUGAGGUAGAUCUGCGACUCGUCGAUCUCGGCAAAGGCGAGAACUACGCGCCUACGUUCUUGAGGCUCAACUCGCAGGGCACGGUGCCGACGCUGAUCGUCCCAUUCGAGAACACGCUGAGCCCUGCGCCGGGCACCGAAGCGCGUUUCAAGGCCGUGACUGACAUCGAGUCAAUUGUCCUUACUCUUGACCGUGCUCGUAGCGCCGCCUCGCGCACGCACACAACCUCCUCAGCGCCCGCGCCUGCUCUUGCACCGGCGACAAUCGACUCCAACUCUCGCGCGCGCACGAUCAUCACUCUCUUGCACAGCGCACCGGCCUCUCCAGAACUGUUGUUCCUCAUGAACGCUCGCGACGCUUCGGUGCUGUCCACAUACAGCCAAACCCUGCGCCCUUUCCUCUCCGGACGCAUCGAGGCCCUCUCGAGCUUCGCCUCGUCUCAAGAAUCCGCCAAUGUCAAGGUUAGCGCCAAGACGCGCGCUUUUUGGGAGGAGAAGAAGGUCGCUGCGCAAAAGCUGCUGAAUGGAGUUGAGAGCGAGGGUAAAGAUCGGGAGGAGUACUUUGAGAAUUCGAAGGCCGCGUGGGAGGUCGGGCUCGGUGCUGUAUUGAACAAGCUGAGCGCCGAGAUUGUCGGGCCAUUCACUCUCGGCGAUCAGUUCAGCACGGCGGACGUGCACCUCUCCGCCUGGUUGGCGUAUGUGGUGUAUCUUGCCGGCGGCAGCCCGAGCGAGACCGGGGCCGUGGCUAUUGAGAAACUGGAGAAACAUGUCGGGGGCGGGUUCCUGCUCCCGCGGAUCAGCGAAGCCGCGGGGACCGGGUCGGGAGUCAGCGGCGGGGACGAGGCGACGCCCAAGGCGGCCGAGGAGCCGCCGCGGUCGACGACGAAGCUGGGUGUGUUUUGGGACGCUGCGAGGGAGCGGCCGUCGUGGAAGGCCGUCGAGGAGGCGCUGGCUCAGUGA